AGACCGGAAAACGGAUGCAAAUUCUGAACAUCGAAGAAGGUUUCCUAGCUAGAUUUCCUUUGUUUUGUACAGAAUAUGGCUGCCAUAUUUAGUUUAGAUGUCUCUUUUGAAAAGUGUUAUAGAAUUUGUCCUAAAUAUGCGGUAAUAAUUUAGCAAAACAUUGCUUGAUCGGUGAAAAUAAACCAUAAAAUGUGUUAAAGUUAUAGAAAAGUUCAUCGAGAGCAUCGCAGUGUUGAUUUUAGUAAAAAAUGUUUCUGUUUACAUCGGUUGUUGAAAACUUAAAUUUCUUUUUAAGCAUUCCCAGGAAACGGUAACCUGGAUAUCAACAAUUCAUUAAACAAGGGUGGUGGUGGGGAUGCCACUCAUUAUAAAGUAAAUUCAGUGGUUACUGAAGAUAAGAAAGAUGAUUCAAAUGCUGGUCCUCCUAGGAUGACAAGUGUUUGUUUUGAAUCAUCAAAUGUACUCACCAAUCAGGUGAGUGCAUCUUCAGAGACUUCAGUAGAAGACAAUGUGAAUCAGUCUAUUACUAGUGUUACAAGUCAACCAACAAUUGUUACAAAUAUUGUACAGUCUGUUGUACCUAACCCAGUUCAAACUAUUAGUGAAAAAAUAGAGCAGCCUUCACUUCCUGCAAAGAGUAUAGCUAAAUUAGUAGUUACAAAUGCAAUGCCCAGCACUGGUUCUGUACUACAAAAAGUUGUUAAUCCUCCCUUAAUAACAGUUUUGAAUCCUUCUGGACCAUUAACGGUAGUGAAGACAUUGUGUGUUACAUCUGGGGUGUCUAGUGCUCCACAGUUUACUUUGGUUAAUUCUGCUCCUUUAAAUGUUACAAAUACAAUUGGAAAAUCAGCUACUAUCACACUUCUCAAUGCGCCAUUGACAGUUGUCAAAGCUAUGACCACACCUCAAACUACAGAAAAGAAUAUUUCAGAAGGGACAAACCCUACUAAUACUUCAAAUAAUGCAUCUUCUACUCCUACAGUUAUUGAAAACAGAGCACAUAAUGUUUUUGUCAAAAAUACUUGCCCAGAUUCAACAGUUAUGGAUAUUCCACAAAGCCAUAAAUUAUUGACAACUAAUUCUUUUCCACAAUCAAAUAUUGUAGCUAAUUCUGGGAGUAAAACAUUAAAUGGACAGAGAAACAAAUUGAAGAUUGUAAGCAAUGUAGUUGUUCCAGGAACCUCACAGACAAAUAAUGUUCUAGUAAACAAAUCAAAUCAACAACGUUAUAUACCUAGACAAAAAGUUAUAGGUCCAAAUGGUGCAACUACAAAAUAUUUGAAUAAAUCAUCUUCAAGUAAUUUUGUAAAACCCAAUGUAAAUGCUCCUAUAAAAUUGUUGCCGGAUAAAUCACCCACCAGACUAGCAUAUCCUACACAUAAAAGUCAAAUCAAAACGAUCCCCCCUGUGAAUAAUUAUAUGCAAAAACAACAGUCCAAUUUGAAAAUUUCUCCACAAAAUAAAACUAUUCCUGGUCAAGUAACUAGAACUGGUUCUGGUUUAAGGACCAUUCCACCUCAAAAGACACAUAAAAUACCUAACAAACCAAAUUAUAUUGGUAAACAUGCAGUACAAGCUCAGAAAAUGAGACAAACUCAUGGUAAAGUUAAAGGGAUUAAAGUUUCAUCUAAUGUUCCAUAUAAUGUUCAUGUGCCACCAAUGCCAGAAAAACAUUUAAGUGAAUUAACUUUUAAUCAGGCAUUGACUGCACAAAUUCUUGAGACUUUGAGUAAUUCUAGUACAUCCGGGCAAAAUAGGUAUGACAUGAUGCCUUCAAGAUAUGAUAAUGCAUUUACCUGUCCAGACAUUAAAGCAACCAGUGAACCUUGCAAACCUGUAGAAGAAACAAGUAAAUCUGGAUUGGAUGCAUUGUCAUUAAUAUGUCAAGCAGUAUUAUUAGAUCACAACUAUAAUGCAACUUUACCACCUGAUUCUCCAACUAGACCAUCAGCGGCAGUAAAUAUAUCAUCCCAAGUUAAUGGUAUAUCUUCCCCUUUGUACUCUCCAGGUUCUUCAAAAAGACGAUUACCUUCAUCUAGUACUGUUACAUCUCCACCACCAACUGCAAGUAUGUCUAAUAUUACCAUGGCAUCAGUUACUAAUUCUUUAAUGCCCAUUAGAGAUGAUGAUGCCGGUUCAGAUAUAUCUGAUGAGUCUGAACGAAAAAAUGACACUGAAGGAGAAGAAACAGAUACUGCACCUGAAGCAGAAGCUGUUACCAAUGAAAAUUUUGAAGGAUAUGGGGAUUAUGUCACUAGAUGUAUAUGUGGUUUUAUCCACGAUGACGGUUAUAUGGUAGAAUGUGAUAAAUGUAAAGUAUGGCAACAUGUUCAGUGUGUUGUGAAAAACCGACAGAUCCCUGAUGAGUAUUUAUGUGAAGAGUGUGAUCCUAGUAAACCAAUAGACAGGCAAAAAGCGAGGGUCAUUCAACAACAAUGGCUACGAGAUAGACAGUUAAUGGAUCCUAAAUUGAGAAAGGAUACAAAAAUUAAGGAAGCAUUCAAACCAAAAGAGACCGUGAGUGAUUCUGAUUCCUCAGAUGCAGAACAUGUUCCCAGUAAUUUUCCUCCUAAAAGUCGAGUGUUGGCUAAUAGAAGAAAACUUGAAAAUCAUCCAAAACAGUCUGCUGCUCGACAACGAAGGGAAGUUGGUAAAGAAUUAGGACAAAAAAGGCAAAAACGAAAAGAAAGGAAAAUUGUUAGAAAAAAGCCAAAGCCACCGGUCAAAAAUCACAGUGAUGAUGAAAAUCAAGAUAGCUGGGUAGCACAUUUGCCACAACUGAGGCAGUGGAUCGAAAAAUAUGAAGAAGCUGUGACCAAUCAUUAUUCACCUGAAUUGAGGGCUCGAAUUUCCAGCAUUAGAGUGAAUGGUAUUCACUCUGAUUCAAAUAUUCAAUUUGACUCGACGGUACACAAAUGUAGGGUACACACACAACCUCUCACUGAAAUAAAAUAUUUAGUUGCUACGGUAAAUUUAGCCCCAAAUACGCCGGUCGUUGAAUUACGGGGUAAAUACAUGUUAUCGACACAACACCGAAACUCUGGUGGUUCUUUAACUACGAGACAGCACUCGCAGAGACCCGGACCUUUUCUGUUUUUUUAUCGGUUGCACAAGGACAAUACUGAGGUAUGUGUUGAUACAAGGACGUAUGGCAAUAGCGCUCGGUUUAUUAGGCGUUCUUGCAAACCAAAUGCUGAGUUACGGCAUUGUAUCGAAAAAGGUGUUUUACAUAUAUACGUAGUGUCUACGAUGUCUGUCGAUAAAAACUGUGAGUUGACAAUCAAACAUGAAUCUCAUGAUUUGGCAGCAGUGGGGACAACAAGUAUUGCUUGUGCUUGUGGAAAUCCACUAGAAUGUUCUGUUAAUAACUCAUCUGUAAAGAAGAAUGGAGAAACUCAAGAAGUUCCUGUACGAAAAAGAAGGGGACGAAGAAUUGUUUCUGCCAGUCUUCCAGAACCUGAUCCACCUAAACCUUUGAAGGAAGAACCACCUCCAAUUGCGUCUCCGCCGCCAGCACCACUUUCACCUGUCAAACAGGAAAAACGAGAAGUCAAAGAAGAAGCCCCUGAAGUUAAGAUCGAAGUAGAAGAACUGCCAGUUGUAAAAGAUGAACCAAAGGUUGAAGUUAAAGUUGAGGUGGAAGUAAAAGAACAUUUUGAUAAGAAGGAUGUGAUCAUUGAAGAGGAAUCAGAGGAUCCUGAAGGUAUGGAAAAAACACAAGAAGAAGAGAUUAAGAGUUCUUCGCCCACACCUGUAUCAACCAGAAGGUCGUCUCAUAAAUCUGACAAAGAGGAAGACAAAUGCUCCUCUCCAAAAGAAGAUAAAAAAGAAAAAUGCAAAAAAUUGAGUAGGGAAGAGCGUAAGUUGGAAGCUAUCUUGAAGGCAAUAGAAAAGAUGGAAAAAGCAGAGUCCAGGAAACAAGAACAUCAGGCAAAACAAGCUCAUCGACGAGAAUCAGAACCCAAUCCAGAAAAAAAGGAAGAAGAAAAGCAAGAACCAAAACUGAAAAGGCGAAGAAGGAAAGGACGAGCUAGAACAAUUAGUCAGUCAGCAUCUAGAAGAAAUAGGCUAAAUUCAACUGACUCUUAUAUGACGACUUCGGGGGAUGAAAACCUGUUAUCACCCACAGAUGGUCAACCACCAGUUAAACCAAUUUCUAAAGAUAGUGAAGGAACAGAUAAUAGAGCAGUUGGACUUUUGCUAGCUCUAUCUAAUGGAGAUAAUGACAACAAAGAACAAAAAUCUCCAGCAAGAGAUAUUGAUUCAAAUUCAAAUUCCAUGCAUUCUUCCCCAGAAACUCCACUAUCAUCAGCUUGUCUGUUGGUUCAAGCAGCAGUAGAACCAUUGGAACAAGGUUUCAAAUUUCCUAAGACUAAGAAGGGCUUGAUGAAUGAAUGGUUGAACAAAGUUCCCGAGCCAGUUCAGACUGCUAGUGCCAUUUCUCCAACAUCCCUGGCAUCCCAAGCAAAUAGUAUAGAUGUUGAAUCUGCAAGUGGCGUCUAUGGAACAUCAAAAAAUUUGAUAUCUUUUUGUGAUAACAAUAUACAACCACGAGGUAGUGCAAAGAAACGAUGGCUAAGGCAAGCCAUUAGUGAAGACCAUUCUUGUGAUAACGCAUCAGGUAGACCAGAUUCCCCUCCAAUCAGUGAUAUGGUAGCUCCUCCCAAAAAAAGAAGAUUACCACGGGAAUCGAUAUCAACAGACAAUUCGCCUCCUACUACACCUACAGGAUCUGCGCCAGUUUCUAUUAGUAAUAUGGAUAAAGAAGUGAAAACUCCAGAAGGUUGUGUAGAAAUCGUUUACACUGGAGUAGAUAGUGAUAGUCCAACUCAAGCAAUGGAAUCGGAUGCUGUAUUAAAAGAACGGGCAGCUGUAAUGAAACAAGAAUUUAGUAAACCUCUAUUUUCUACUUCAUUAGAUCUUCCAAGAUCGGAAUUUGGAUCGUUGAGUUCCUUGGAUCCAAGGUUGUCUCGUGAGAAUCGAUUUCUACCCAACACUGAUCUCGUAGGUACUGUUGAAAAAACUUUGAGUAUACUUGGAUUAGAAAACACAGAAAAGUGUAGACCAGAUCCAGUGUUACCCAAACGAAAGGUGAAGCUCUCCAUUACAGAAUAUAGACAAAGAAAAAAAUUGAAUGUCGAAGAGAAAUCUGAAGAGCAGGAGGUAGUUAGUACUGAAGAAAACAAUUCUUCGGAAUCAUUUAAAGUCGUUCCAAGACUAAGAUCUGCUAGUGCAAGCAGUAGUACUUCUCUGACUUCAAGUGAUGAUGAUAUAUCAACUUCAGAUAUUGUUGUUAAAGCUCCAGUGUUUAAUUCUGAACCGACUGAACUUGAACUUCAGAGAGAAACUUCCAGUUUGAGAUUGAAAAAAGCGUUCGGAUUGUCCGUCGACUUAGAACCACCUCCCACUUUGAACCUUAAAGCCAUACUGAAUUUGGACUUGGAACCAAAAGUGAAACCAAUACAUAAUCAACAAAUUCCUUUAGAAGAAAGUUCAGAGGUGACAGUUGAAACUGUAGUAUCAGAUGUAAAAGUUCCUAUUUCACCAGAUAUACCAGCACUUCCUGAAAGUCCGAUUCCAAUAGCAAAUCCUCCAGCUCCUGAUGUUUCUUCUAAUACAGAAGAAUUAAUGGAAACGGACGAAAUUUCUGUAACUGAUCCUGAACCUUUAAGUACAACAGAUGAAAAGGAAAGUGAUAGUAAAGAAACAGCUCCCCUGAAUAUGUUUUAUACGCCCGAUGAAGAAGAUAUAGUGGAAACCAGUGCAAAGGAAGAACCUUUAGUGACUUUUGAAGAAACUGAAAGUGUCAGUUAUGUUCCUCCUUUUAAUAACCCAGUGUAUCCAAAUAGUAGUUUUGCCACAUUCUCUUCAUCAAUUGAUGAUGAUGCUCGAUAUGAAGGAAGAAAUCCAUCGCCACCUCCAAAUUUAGAUGAAUUGGCCCAAUCGUGAAAAUUUAAGUAAUAAAUUGUAGUGUGCAAUUUUCAAAUAUACAUUGUUUGUAUUUAUUUUAAGUAAGCUAGUGUAUAAAACAUGUUUAUUUUUUUUUGGAAAUAUAUUUUUUUCGGUGCAUAUUGCCCCAAUUUUCUACAACUUGAUUAUAAGUUAUUUUUAUUUUUUACUAAUUUGUAAAGUUUAUUGUUGAUUUAGUUUUUUUACAACUGGAUUUGUAAAGUUUAUGUGACAUUUUGUAGAUAUAGCAAAGCAAAAGUUAUGUACACUUUGUAUAUAAAUAUUUUUAUCAGAUAGCAAAAAUUAGAAAAUCGUUGAUUUUUGAAUGCAUACUGUAUGCAACAUUGAUUUACAUGCGCUCACAGAAAUCUCACUGUAUAUAUUAUAUUAAAGAAAGUUUUGAUCAACUCAAUACUCGAAAAAAUGUAAAUCAAUGAUGCAAAAUUUGUAAAAGUACAAAAUUAUUUAGGUCGCGAUCUCCAAUUUUAAAAUUAAGAGUUUUUUAUUAUUUUUAUAGAAUAAAACCAUCGAUUGGGUUAUUAGGUUAAUAGUGAUGUUAUACUGUAGCUGUUCAUUAUAUAUAUAUAUGUAAGUUUCCUCUUAGAAGUUUAUGCAUUUUUGUUCAAUUCAGGCAACAGGAACAAUUAUUCAUCAUUUAAAAAUAAAUUGUUCAUAUAAGUUGUCAUAUUAGACUCAGUCCUUCUACCAUUUUUUUUGUGAUCUAAAUAAUUAUGAGUGUUUUAAGUGGCGAACAAACACCUUUACCAAAUACCGAAUGCAACUUUAUACAAAAAAAUUAAAAAUUUAUCAACACUAGUCAUUCUUGAAAAAUUUAAUUUUUCAUGGCCAUUAGAUGGUGCUAAACUGAUAUUUAACAAUUAAAAAUGUAUUAUGUAUUUAGAAAAUGUUGAAAGAUGAUUUUAAUAAAUGUUAUUGGAAGUAUAAGAGAGAGAUAUAUUUGAAAUAUUAAUCAACAUUAAACAAAUCAUUUAAAUGUCAAAUACUUCACAGAUUUCUACAUUUCGUUGUAUACAAUCAUAUUCAUUGUUCUUUAACCCAUUUUACUUCUGAAGACAGAAAAGAGAAUGUGCCAUUUACACCAAGAGGCAUACAGGAAUUGUUUAAACGGUAGUUUGCACCAGCAUUGUCAAUAAAAUUCAGAAUUCAGCAUCACUAGUUUUUUACAUAAACACAGUUCUUUUUCUAUAGAAAUUUUUUAGAAAAAUAAUUACGCCUCUCAUUGAAGAUGUCUUGAGUGAUUUCUCAAUCAUUUUUCCUAUCGAUUAAUUAUUUUUUAUUAAAUAAGAAUGGGCGAGAAGGGUUGUGGAAGAAGGGCCGAAUCGUUGGGGUAACUUUCUUGACUACUACUAGAAAAUUGUGGUUAUUAAAGAACGCGAGAACUUUGAGAAAAUAAAAAGUAGAAAGUAUUGGAAUGUAAUAAAUAAGUUGGAAUUUUUGGAACCGUUGGUGAUAUUCAUACUGAACUAUUUACACUACCAUUACACCAACACUCACAAUUACACUGUCUCACGCGCGUUUCGGGAACCAAGUUAAACUGUUAACCUUCAGUCUCUGAAGACAAUAACUUGGUUAUAUAAACGCGCCUCAGACAGUGUACUGUGGUGUAGUGGUAGUGUUAACAGUAAACAGUUGAAAAUAUUGCACGUAUCGGUUUAGAAGUUAUUUCCAAUAUGUAGUUUAAAAUGAUCUUCCUGUUGCUUGGAAUAUUUACACAGAUACUCUGUGGCUAUAAAGCAGCAGUAGUUAAAGAUUGCAUUUCUAUUUGUAUGUAACAAUACAAACUAGUAAUACAAUUAAGAAAGGUAGUUUUUAGUUACUCUUAAUUGGUAUAUGGUGGAGUUGUAUUUGGAACUCAAUACUAAUCUCUUUUCUAAGUUCUUAUACUUUAUUGAAAUAGUUUUUUUUCGAUCUGAUGUUUUUAUAUCAUAGUAAAAUUUAUAAAAAUUCGUUAUUGUAUAUACUAUUGUUAUUUAUUCAAAUUAGGUGCUUAAUAAAGUGCCAUAUUUGUAGUAAUAAUUAUUGCUAGAAAUUAAGUUGGACAUAUUUUGGAUUGUAAAAUUUCUAAAUAAAAUAUUUCAUGUAUCAAGUACAACAAAUAUGAAAGAAUAUCAAUGACUCAAAGUUUCUCAAUACAGUUAAAUAAACCAGUUUUUUUUGAUAUCUGAAUAAUAGAAUCAAAAGUUAGAUAGUUGGCAGAAAGUUGGCAUUUAUUAUAUAAGUAAGAAAUAAAGAAUCUGUGGAUAUACAUAAAUAAAAUUUCUUCUAAUAGAGUGUUGGUUUGAAAAAUACUUGUUAAAAAUCGUCAACCUUUUUUUAGUAGGCUAAGAUCUAGUUGCUGAUAGAAUUUAUUUUAUUCAAAUAAAUAUCAAUUGAAACUUAUUCUAUAGUUAAAAGGUCUUCCAUUUCUUAAAGUUGAUAUUCUGAUGUAUGUAUGUAUGUAUCGAGAGAAUGUGGAUAGAGGUUUCGUCUCUGUACAACAAAAUCAGCACGUUGCAUUAUUUGCUAAGUGUAUAAUCUUGAGAUAUUUGUUUAGGCAACAGCUUCCCGAUAGGACUCCUGUUAGUAUUCUUAGGUUGUUCUUACUUAGUUUGAUAGUUUCAACAGAUCUUCUCUGGUUAUAGUUUCCCAGAAGAGUCUUUGCCUGUCUCAGUCCCUAUAGGUUGUCUCUAUAAAUGGUUUUGCUCCUAUUUACCUUCUUUUUCAGUGCCUUUUCCAUUGUUCUCUAGAUGAUACCACAGAAGGGUUCGAGUCCCAUGAAGGGUUUGGCUGCCCUCGCUCUAGCGAGCUUAUCACCUAGUUCAUUUCCCUUUGCUCCGGUGUGUUUUGGAAUCCAUUGUAGGUAACUUUAUUUUUCUUGUCUAGCUCCUUUAAUUUUUCUAGGCAUUUAUUGGAAUUUCUGUUCAUUUCUUGUAUGGUGUCUUGAUCAGACAGACAGACCAGACUUACAGUUUAUUAUUAAGGUAAAAUUUUUCUCAAAGCUAAACUUUUUCGAUGCAACGUCCUGAGGCAUGUCCCAGGGUUGGUCAUUAUUUUCUUUGAUGAUCGCGUCUCUGAACAUUCUAAACAAGUGAUGUUUUGAUAUUCUGAUAUGUUUCUAUUACAAAGCUGUUUGUCGACUCAAACUAUAUAUUUUCCCAUAAAAAAAUAGUUAUUUCCUCUCACAUUUUUACGAGUCGAAUUAGUGUUUUAUUUAGUUCCAUGAUUUGGUCUAUCCAAUUCUUUGUUGGUCUCCCCAUUGGUCUUGGUCUUGGUGUUUACAGCUUCUAUUAUUUUUCACGUUAAUCUAACUGUAUCUUUUAAAUAUUCAUCUUUAUCAAAGCACUGAUUUUUGUUCUGUUAUUUUUCUAACCUUUCCAUUCUUUAUUUUGUCCCCCUUAGAUUUUUCUGCUAUUCAUUGAGGGUGCUACAUUUCAUUUUGCUUUAGUGCAAAAUAGACUUGUUCAUGGGGCGAAAUAUGAAGUUCAUGUUGAAAUAUGUUUGCCUUAUAAAAUUUCUAGUCAUUUAAGCAGCAGUAGUUAAAAACACAUGACUGCCAUUACAAAAUAAUUAAUUUCAGUGUUUUAAUGUAAUAAAAAUCCAAAAUAUGUAGCUCUUCUAUUUUUCUUUGUAGAUAUAGAGAAUAUUCUUUGUAAAUAAUAAAAAUAUAAUUGGCGUAAUUAAGGUAAAAGAAAAAUAGGAAUAGCCUUAACGUAAUCAGAGAUAUAGUAUAGAGAUCCAUUAAUAUAACAUGACUCAAUAAUGUUAUGUUGUAUUCAAUUUGGAACGUAUCUUAAUUUAUUUUUGUGAAUUAAGUUGUUAUACUUUAAUAUAAUGACAAAUUGAUAUGUUUUAAUAAUAUCUACCAAUGUUCCCCAUUAUAGUCCUAUAGAGUAGUGUAAGAAAAUAAUUUUACCAUAAAAUACAGAGAAUUCGUUGCAUACUUAGUCCAUUUAUAUGUUUCGUCAUACUUAGCCCAUUUAUAUUUUUCGUCAUACUUGAGCUUAUAAAGUCUUCAUGGGUGUCUUAGAACAAAUUUACAAGUAUAUUUUUUAUAAACAAAAAAAAAUCAAAUCUGACACACUUUUUUAAUCUAUUUUAUACAAAGGAGAGUAAAAUUUCAAAAUCUGAAGGUAGAAGUAUAAAAAAACUUAUGUCAUGUUGUAAGUUGAGUUCACUAUUAAUAAGUCAAAUUUUUCUAAUUUUUGUUCUUUUUUUUUAGCAUAGAUUAAUGACUUCUUCGAUUAUUGAAGAUUCGGUCAACACGUUAUCACAUAUAAAAAGAAAUCCACAAAAAUAUUUUGAUUAUUUGCAUAGCUGUUCCCUAUUAGGUUUUAAUGUACUGUGUACUAUGUUGCGUAUCUACAAACAUACAAGUUAACUUAUCUAUUCUUUUAAAAUCGUACCUAUAUUUCUUCAAAUUUCUCCAAUUUCCUCAAAUUUUCUCAAUAAAUCUAUUGGUGGUUGCAUUAUUCAAAUGAUCAAAAAUGAGAUUAAUUAAUUAAUUAAUUAAUGUAAUAAUUAUUUAGUAAGGUGUUAUUGUUAUGGUACCUGAUAACUCGCUCCCAAGCCCUAACGCCGCUAUAACUGUGUAUAGGUCUAAUCAUUCAUAUUAACUAGGGUUCCACAGCUCAAUUUUAUUAAGUAAAAGCCAUUCCUAUUGGUCAACUUUAUGCUAAGGUUAUACUGUCUGUUGCUUAUAUUACUUGCAAAGAUACUAAUAGGAACUUAGUCAAAAUAUACUGUGCUUCUAAAUGCUGAAUAUCAAUUUAAAGAAAAUGAAUUUGCAACGUAUUGAAAAUGUUCAUAAUUUCAAAGGCAGAUUGUCGAAAUUUCUAUCCCCUUGAGGUUCCAAACAAGUUAUACACAAAACUCAUGCUCAAUGUGAUUGUAGGGAGUAUUUAAUCUAUGUUUUUAGUACAAGUUAUAGAUAAACAACAUAAUUUUACGUCAGUUAUUGUAUUUAACUGUAGGAUCGUUUUUCUAAUAAACACAAUUGAAAUUUACUAACUAUAAAAUGUUACAUACACUCUAUUCUUUUUGAAUAGAAUACCCAACCAGCAACCUACAAUAUAUGAACAGCUCCCUAUUUUCUUUUGUACUGGCAUACCAUGGGUUUUUGUUGCCGGUGGUACUUUUACUAAUAUAGUUCUAACAAAAAUAGGUGUGAUAUAGUUGAUGGUUCCUACCAUUUCCCAUUGUAAUGGAAUUUUGGCCCCUCUCUUUCACAUUUUGUUUCAUUGGCACGAAACAUUGUGGCUCGUGAUUUGGAUUCAUUUUUUCUCCAAAAGAAAUGAAAUUUCCCAAAAUAUAUGUAUUGAAUAUUAAUAUGUUUCGUCAAUGAAAUAUUAAAUUGCACUAGGUUGAUAACUAUGACACUAAAAAAUUUUUUCCAAAAGUUUUGAAAGUGAUAAGAUCAGAUAAGCUAAGCACCGACAGACUAAAACCUAAUGACACUGAAAAUAUAAUAUAUAAUUUUUCCUUGAAACAUAAUUCAAAUCAAAUCAAGUGAUUAUAUCCAUUCAAUAUUUAUCAGGGGUCGAAGGCCAAAGCUGCCUGUUGUUUCAAUACCUCGCCUCUAUUCUUAAUAGCUAGGUAUUUAUCCUUGUUGUUUUGAAAAUAAUAUAUUGAGGGAUGGGUUGCUGUAUUAUAUUAAUUUUACAACUUUGUUUUAGUCGUUGUUCAAUAUAGUUUUCCGACAACUUACAUGAAAUACUCAUACAAAUUCGUCCGAGUGUAGAAAGUUGGGUGCACUAUGGUGGAAUAUCUAGAGUCUGGUCUAGGUCGUCUGUAAAGUAUAGUUUACAAGUUGUGCUGUAACGAUAAUUCCAUCAUUCAUUCUGUACCAAUUACCAAUACAAAUUAUUUUACCUAUUGAUAACAAAUUUGCCUCUUAAGUGUUUGAUUUUUUUUAAAUAUAGGUUAACAUAAUUGUUUUUUUUUUCAAAAUCAUAUUGGCGUGUAAUUAAACAUGUCUACUGCUGAGGCAUACUAUUUUUGAACUAUAUUAAUCUAGUUGAUUUGAAAAUGAAUAUAGUAGGAGUCGAAAUGCGGCAUUUGAUGAUGCCUUUAAAUGAGCGCAUUCAACUUUUUUUCAUAACACAUAUUUCUAAUUGGAAUAUUGAAACAUAUCAAUUACAUAAAGCAAACAUGAUACCAAUGUAUAUAACAAAUAUUGUUAUAUUUAUUUUUCAAUAGUGAAUAUAUCUGCUUUAUAGUUAAGAGUAUUUUAUAUUUGAAUUUUGAGAUCUAUUUAAGGUUUACUGACUGCUAUACAUCACUUGUUUUGAGGACUCUAUGUAUAUAGAUCAAUCUAACAUGUAAAUAAAUAUAUUUAUAUAUUAUAUAGAUUUGUAAAAUUCGUACCUACCUUAAACCAGUGUAAGAAAAUAUGUUCAUAAAACUUUCGAUUAUUUAUUUAGAGCAAUCUUCAUUUCAUGUGAUAUGAAGAUUGAAAUAUUACUUAUAAAUCAUUUAUUUCCGCAUCGUGAUUGUACAAAAUUUUCUUAAUAAAAAUUCAAAAUGAUAUAUAAAAAACAAUUUAUCUGUAUCAGUAUUAAAAAUAUCGAUUUGGUGCUGAAAUGAAUAAUUUACAAGUGUUUCUAAAUUGUCAAUAAAACAUCAACGAGUUUAUAUUAAUCAUAUAAAACUAUUUUAAUAUAUAAUGUGCUGUAAAUAAUAAACAUUUAAUUAAUUUGAUGUUGGUACACAACGUACAAUUAUUAAAUAAAUUAUCUAAAAAUUA